GAGAUUUAGGUGGCUCUUCUGUCCAAGAUGAAGUUGGAGGGGAAGAAGUAUCCAAGAUUCAUGCCGAGUUACCUAAUUCACCAUCAUCUUCAGGUGGGUUCCGUCAGUUUUCUUCAAAAGGACUUGUAGAGAAGACAUGAUGUGACCGAUAAUGUUGGUGGAAAUUAUUGAUUUACUUUGUACAAGACAUCUUGUUUGUUCCACAAAAGUUUAUGUUUUCAGACUGUAGCCUGCUGUAGUAUUGGGAACUUUCAAUUGGUCAUCAGUUACCGUCAGCCCCUGCCACAGUCAAUUAUUGAAUUACGUCUUACCUAUCAUGCCUUUUUUGGCGGCAUCAAAGGCGUCCCGAUUACAAGAAGAGUAUUUCCUCUCCUCGGUUCGUCAAGAACCGGAGAAUCCUCUUAUGCUGCUUGGGCAAUAUAGUGACGAUGAAGUGGAUGAGGAAUCGGUUGGACUUAAACAUGUUGCUUCAGAGGAUUCUCCUCUUGAUCAUGAAGAGAAGGCAAAGCAAGCUGGCGGCGAGGAAAAUUGUGUUAAUGGGGAAAUUGGUUCUACUGUUAUGGAAGUUGAAGAGAAAGCUAUUGACAAUGGCUCUGAUCUACCAAGUCCAUCAGAUAGACCUGCAGAAGAUAGUUCUAAAGAAAUCAAUGCUUCUGUCUCAGUUGAUUUACAUGCACAGUCGAGUGUGUUGGAUCAAAUUACUGCACCUGCCACUUCAGAUGCACAGGUUCUAGGGGAUGCAAGUGCAGGAUGGAAGAUGGUGUUGCAUGAAGAGAGUAAUCAGUACUAUUAUUGGAACACAGUAACAGGAGAGACUUCAUGGGAAGUGCCUCAGAUAUUUGGUCAUGCAGUUGAACCGAGUUUAGAAGAGAAAGCUGCUGCUGGAGCUGAAUUCAUGGGCACAGCCACUUCUGAGAACUUAGAAUCCUCUACAAAAAUGGAUAUGGACACUAGACAAACUGGCUUCAGCUCUAGCGACAUCAAUGAAAACAAGCAGCCAAUAGAUGACAACUUACAUGAUAAAAAGGGAGACAAUGAUGAGGAUCAGAGUGGCACAAUAAAUGGCUCUGAACAAAUUGGUUCACGACGUAAUGAAAUGUCUUCUCCUAGUAGAUCUCUUUCUUCAGGGCACUCAGAUCAUGCUCCUGCAGGCCAUUUGAAUGGAUCAGGUGAAGAUUUUAUAAAAUGUGGGGAUGCAGAUUAUGUUCCAGAAGAUGAAACUGAGGCAGACUUCUCUUCCGACCUGGUAAAACAUUGUGAACGUUUGCUAGAGCAAUUGGAGACCAUGAAGGGGUCUGAAUUUUACGUACAGCAUGAUCAAAUUUCAAAAUAUGCACUGGAACUUGAGAUUAGGCUAGCUGAUAUUAGGUCCUUAGCCUGUAAUGGGCUUUCAUUGCUUCCCUUCUGGGUGCACUCUGAGAGGAAGAUAAAACUGCUAGAUUCAGAAAUAAAUCAACUUUCUGGGCUAUACUUGUCUGCACAACAGAAUGAUGUUGAGCCUGGUCAUGAAUCCCAGAGAGGCAGUGAUCAUGUCCACGAUGCAAAUGGAGAGAGGCCAAGUAGUCCUUCCACUGGUGAUGCAAGUGAGGAAGGUGAAAUCACUGGACAUGAAGGUUUAACUCCUCAAACAAUGCUUCAUCCGACUGAAGAAGUAGACAUGGAUGUGGAUAUGGAAGUUGAAGAUACUGAACCUUCAAGCAGCUUAACUGUGUGCGAUGCACUGCAUGCCCCACCGGACGGACCAAGUCUGUCAGCGCAACAGACAAAAUUGGAGUCCUCAAUCGUGGAACAAACACCUAGCAUUCCCCCUCCACCUGAUGAAGAUUGGAUUCCUCCACCACCUCCUGAUAAUGAACCUUUUCCUCCACCGCCACCUGAUGAACCUCUAGAUCACACACAUACUCUUCCUUCAGAUAUGGAAUCAGUUCAACCUUUUCCUUACAACUUAGCUUAUCCAGGUUCAACAUUUGAUUACUAUGGGCAAACUAAUCCUGAAGUUGCUAGUAGUUUGUAUGCAACUUCUGAUGGUCAGGUAGCUGUUACUCAUCACCCUUUAUAUUAUCAAAUCCCAACCACAUAUGGUGUGGCUCCUGUGGGGAUCAACCAUGUCGACCCUAGCGCAUACUAUGGCCAUCAGGAUGGAGCACUGCAGCCUGUCUCUGUUGUCAGUGCUACCGAAUCUUCUGGCCUUCCAGUUAUACGAGGUCAUGAAAAUGUUGCUCCUGAUGCAAUUCCGCCCUUAGAUGUCAACAAGGGGUCACAAUCUGAUUUAUCAGCAAAAUCUGAGGCUGAUGUACCUGUUAAUUUGGAGAAUGAAAAGACGUCUUGUGAUGUUCCUGUCACACAAUCUGCUUUGCUAGCUUCAGGAACCGUAUCAGCAGUGGAGGGUGUUGGUGUGUCUUCAACAUCUGUUGCCACUGGCUCUGUUGCUACUGCUUCAACUGCCCCCUCAAAGGUUCAAUCAAAAGUUUUGCGUAAAAAGCGGACUGUUGGUGUGGCGUCCACAUUAAGGUCUAAUAAGAAAGUCUCGAGCUUGGUAGACAAGUGGAAAGCUGCCAAAGAGGAGCUGCAUGCAGAGGAGGAAGAAGAACGUGAAAGUGCUCUUGAGAAGUUGGAGAGGAAACGACAACGGGAAAUAGAGGAAUGGCGUGCUCAGCAAAUGGCUAGUGGGGAGGCCAAAGAUAAUGCUAAUUUUCAGCCACUUGGCGGUGAUUGGCGAGAGCGUGUGAAACGAAAAAGAGCAGAAAAGGCAAGGGAGGCUGAAAAGCAACCAUCUGAGGAAAAUGAGCAGCCUGAUCUGGAUGUUAUUUCGAAAGGUCUUCCAUCUGGAUGGCAGGCUUAUUGGGAUGAAUCCACGAAGCAAGUCUAUUAUGGAAAUGCUGCGACAUCAGAGACGUCCUGGAAUAGACCGACUAACUGACACAGCAUAAUUCAUUGUAACAUUAGUUCUAAUUUUGGUUUCAAAAUUAGCAGUUACCAUCUUGUAUAUAUGUAGGGAUGUAGUGUGUGAUCCAGUAGUAGCUGUUUUAAGCUCGUUUUGAUUUCUUAGUAAGUUCUAAAGUUUUGUUCCUCCUGCUCGAUUUAAGUGCAGAAGGUUUAUUCGCAUGAAUCCCCAGUUUUCCAAGUUGUUUAUCUGCCUCCGAUUUAUCGGUUAUUAAAGGAAGUUGCUUUAGUUCGA